AGUACUACUAUCUUUUAGUGCAAACUGGUACGACAUCGUAUCCACAGUUAGCCUUCCUCGCCAAAUUUUAUCUCAUCCUGCAACCAUUUUCCGUUGCUACAUCCAUUUUCACAGCUUCAAAACAAUCAGAACUACAAAACAUUACAUAUCUGAUGAGUUCGUAUAGGAACCCUUUAGCUAUAAAGAAACACGAGAAAAUGGAGGUUUUAGGAGUGAGUUUCAGGCCCGAAAACUUCAUCCCUGGCCUCAUUAUUGGCUUCAUAUGUGGGUUCUUUUUGGACUUGGCUAAGCCCGCAAAAGGCCCGAGUGGCAGGAAAAUUGGGAGCUCACCAAUAAGCAAAAAUCAUCAGCAGCCAAGAAUUGCGUCUAGCAACAAUGAGGAAGAGCUUAAAAUGGUCUUAGUAGUUAGGCAAGAUCUGAAGAUGGGAUCCGGAAAAAUUGCCUCCCAAUGUGCUCAUGCUGCUACUGGCAUGUAUGCAGAUCUCGUGCAAAGUAAUAGAUCUCUUCUGAGGCAAUGGGAGCUCUGUGGCCAAGCCAAGAUAGUCGUUACGUGCAAAAACCAGCAAGAAAUGAAUAAAAUAAAGGAUGCUGCUGAGACCAUUGGCCUCCCGACUUUCACAGUUGCUGAUGCAGGACGAACUCAGGUUUCUGCUGGCUCGAAAACUGUCCUUGCAGUCGGACCUGGGAAUAAAUCAGCUGUGGACUCUGUAACAGGGAAGCUGCGGUUGCUUUGAUUUCUAACUGCUGUGUUUCUACCAUAAAGAUUCCAUGUAGAGAGAGACAGAGAGUUGUCAAUCUUGAUAUUCUUAAUCUUAAAUUUUUAAAAUCUUAAAUUUUUAAAAAAGCAACUUUGGAUUUGUUUGCAAUGAUCGCACUACGAAAAAGAUUAUUUUCAUUUAUGUGGAAUAUAUUGUUGACGUUUCUUAACCAACAAUCUAGUUCCUCGUUCCUUUUAUGAAUAGACAAUUUUGGUUAAUUCAUCGGCAUUGAUAUCCACUUACCAUUGUUGUCUUGUAGGUUCAUGAAUAUUUUACAUUUUUUAGACUGAUGUAUAAGACAAGAAAUGACACGGUGAAGAAGCAAUUGGAUUCACAGUAGAGCCGGCUCGGACAAGGCGACCAUAGCUACAACCACGCAGUCAUUCAAAGGUGUUUAUUUGUUAUGUGUGUGAGUUGGCUAAACGGUAGAGAGGUUAAUGCCUGAUCGGCUUAAAGUCCUCUGUAGCGCGACCUUUAAAUUUAUGUUUAUUUACCCAUUAAAAAAAAGGUGUUUAUUUGUUAA